AUGAGUGGGAAAGUCAUUCAACCUAUAGAGAAGUAUUUUGAAGAAAAGAAGAGUGAUAAGGAACCUAUUGUUGAAGAAGAUAAGAAAGAAAAAGCAAAUGAUACAAUUGAAUUUGAAAAUGGCACUCCUGAAAAAGUUGAAAGGAAACAGUUCAAGUGGGAGAAAAAGAAAGCUCAAAAAAAGCAAGAAAAGCCAUUGGAGCUCUCACCUUAUGCAAGAAUUCCAUAUCCACAGAGGCUCAGACAAGAAAUUCAAAAGCAACAGUACUUCAGGUUCCUUGAUAUUUUCAAGAAGCUGCAAAUCAAUAUCUCGUUUGCUGAAGCCUUGGAGAACAUGCCAAAUUACGCUAAGUUCAUGAAAGAUCUUUUAUCAAGAAAGCGUAAGCUGCAAGAAAUUGAGACGGUGACUCUUACAGAGGAAUGCAGUGUCGUUAUCCAGAAAAAGUUUCCUCCAAAGCUUAAAUAUCCAAGAAGUUUCAGCAUUCCAUGCAAGAUAGGCAAUGUGAAAGUGGACAAUGUUCUAUGUGAUCUCGGUGCGAGCAUCAACGUAAUGUCGUUGUCCAUGAUGAAGAAGCUGAGGAUCACUUAA